GUGCCACAGCGGGCAGCAUGGCGGCAGCACGGAGCCCCCGGUCACUCCUGCUACUCGCCGCCAUAGCAGCGGCGGGGUGGAGCAUCGCGCGGGCCGCCUGUGUCCAGCCUCCAGUUACCGUCAUAAAGGACACCACAUUGCUCGGGCGGGUGCUUUGGAGGUGCUUAAAUUUACUGUUUACUUUUCCCAACCUGCAGCGGGCGGUAUAUUCGCAGUGUGAGAACCAGAGCAUGAUCGAGGAAGAGUUGACUUGUGCUCCGCCAUCCGACCCCACCGCGCUCAGUCCUUGCAUCAGCGAUCCACCUGACGUCGAGAAUGCCGAGAAACAUAUCUUGGUCGAUAAAGUGAUCACCGCAUACACUUGCAUCGCUGGGCACUCCUGGCUGUCGCUGGAGGAAGAGCAGACUUCCCAAUGUUACAAGGGGGAGUGGACGGCUAUACAGGACAUAUGCGACGAGGAAUGCUCACUGCUACGGGACUGCGCCGAGGUGAACCAGAUGGGUAUUUUCGAAGACGAUGAAUAUUUGGUCUAUCCUACAGGGAGCCCCAACGACCCCAAGGUGUUGGUUCAAUGUGACAACUCCGAGGUGAUGGCUGACGGUGGCUGGCUUCUCGCUGCCCAAACAGAACCUGGGGUAAACGAAGGCUCCACCGACACUUCGACUAUCACGGAAGGCUUCAUCGGGACCAACAGCAGACCGCCUUACUUUGCGGGUCGGAAUAAUCUCAUUGCUUGGAACUGGAACGACACCUCACCGCGAUCCUUGACGUACAUGUUCAAGAUGAAGUUUACAGAUGACGGUUCAAUCCAUCACGCCACCUACACGCACGUCCAGGUACCCCGCGAGGAACCCUGGGACAUCAUCCUCGACGCCCCUUAUCACGGAGAGGCAGGUGACUUCUUCAAUAACACCAACAAUGCAACGUGGAGUGACGGCGGGGAGUUAGUGAAAAUACUACAAGAUUCUUCACCUACGUGGCUGGGAAGACCUCUGGAAAUGUUAAGAUUAUACAUUCGCCCUACCUACUACGAUCAAGCAUACUCCUGCCCAUCCCUCAUCGGCACGGACCCAAGCUGGCAGAACAUUGGGGGUCGAGUUCCAUUAGUUCGAGGCCCAGGGACGAAGAUCAUGUACAGUUGCCCCGGUGCACUGAGAGUCAAACGCGUGGACACUCCCGGCCUUCAGGUACCCCAGGACCCGAAUGCCAUGAACACCUCGGGGCUGCUUGACACUGAUACGAUGCUGGCCAUGGGUGGGAGGACCUGGUCGGGGAUAAGCGAUGUAGAAUUGACGGAAGAGACUAAGAAUAAGGAAGGGUUUGUCCAGUGUGUGAGAAAUGCGUCUGGGGACCUUGUCUGGACCGCCUCGCUGGAGCUGCCCUGUUUAUUGACGUGUCCGGAUAACUACACGAAGUCGAGGGACGGGCUAAGUUGCAUUCGGAUCCACCAUUUCGGCGACGACUUCGGCAUAACUUCAGCGUCUCUCAGAGUGCCAACCAACGCUACAUCGCUUCUCCUCCCAGACCGCUAUUACUACACGGCGUCCAUAAGGUGA